AUGAUACAUCUGGAAGAUAGCCCAUUGUCUGAGACAGUCCACCAUGAACGACUGCGCGCAUUGAUUGCUGGACAGUUGGAUGACAUGCAGUUAGUCUGCCAGGACCACAAGGUCCUGAUAAAUGCCAAUUACCUUGUGGCACUCUUUCAAUCCGCAUUGCGUCACCUCGCAGAUGAGAUAUGUGAGCCGUUCCACUAUGUAAAGGCAACCAGGGCAUAUAAUGCUGUUCCCUCAUCCCUGGCCGCUCACUUGGCACACUAUGAGGAAAUUGGGAUGCAAUCUGGUUUCUGUCAUGAAGACCUGGCGCCCUCUAUCGCAUCGGCCCUUGUCAUGGACCAUUACAUCCCAGUAAUGCUGAGUGGGUAG